CGUCUGCAGGCGAGGUGGUGCUUCUGGACGGGUGGGGCAGUAGGUCCUCCCCUCCUCAAGAGGAGAUGGCGAACCCUUUGAUGGUGACCCCCUUUGGCAUUGCCUGGACAUCCAAGGUUUCGGGGACCACAAGCAUGGAUACCUGUCCUCUGGCGAGAAGCGAGGUGAUCAACGGAGGGUAACAACUUGCCUCAAAGAUGCCCCGGCGGCGGGCGACCAGUUUUUGUUGCAGGAGGCGUCGGGGGACCACGUUCGCCGAGGGUCCUUGGAACCUCCUCGGGGAGGGUGCAUUGCGAUGUGCUGCUCCGAGAAAGUCAGGGAGGUAAUCAAGAGCAGGUUGUGGUUGUGGACGACUUUGUCGAUCAGCCUUUGCUGUUUUGUGACGUCAGGGGUCUCCUUCCUCUGGCAGAAUACACUCCAGCACGUGUGGGGAGUCAGCAAAGAAUUUGCAUUCUUUUCUUUCAUAACCAGCACUGGCGUCGGCGGUCUUGUUGGCGUUGUUUUAGGCCCCAAGCUUUUUGAUGGGCAUCUGGGUGGUUUUGGAGAUAUGAGCGGUAAGGCUAAAUGCUUGCUGUGGUGUAUGCGAUUGACGUGUUUGGCCGCAUUGUGCGGCACGGUUUGUGCGGUGUUGUUGUCGGAGAAGGCUGCGUAUUCGGUGUACAACAACAACGAGGAUUCGACUUCAAAUUGGACUCUUGUUAUCCUCAACGUGCUUGUGUUCAUCAUGUUCGCCUGCAUCAACGCAGUCACGGGCGUGCUGUACGGCAUCAACACGGAGGCUGCAGCCGAUGAGCUCCGGUCAGUUGCAGCAGGCCUCACGGUUUCUUCUCAAAAUGUGUUCGGGUACGCAUGCGGUCCUUUGAUACCUGGGGCAUUUGCAGCUUUCGUCGGCAUCUCGGUGUCGAGUUGGUGGCCAGAGUUUCACUGGGAUGCGAAAGCAUUGGACGGCGCGAAGUUCUCGGCGGGCAUGGGCCUAGCUUUCGUUACCAGCUGGUUUCUCUUCCUCUUCGCACGCCGCGCGGCGCAGAGGGCGCGAGUCAUGGAGCACAGAGCGCGCUGACUGGCUGGGCGGCUGCUUCUCUAGCAUCCCACCGAGAGCGCUGAGGUGCGGUAGGUUCGCGCCAAGUCGACGCGGCAGCGGACCCGGCGCGUCCGAUCGAGGUUGAACGCCACCAGUGGUGCGGAGUCUGCCGAUGUCGAGCGAUCCGCGGCAUCGGAGAGCACGAUCAUGCAAGGUAGAACGUUGUCAGAGGCCAGCGUACAAGUCGUCAAGUUUCGAGCUUGCCGUAGGAUGGAUCGCGGAGACUGCAGGUCGCCCCGGGGCGCCGUAGGAGGCGCGCCAGUGCAUCUUGGAAGGAGUUCGUGGGGAGUUUCAGGAUGUUGUGGAGGAUUUGGCGUGAAGUUUGUCUCGGCAGGUUGUCAACCUUAGCUGGUGCUGUCUAGGGCGGUUGGUGAGCAUAUUGCCGGUUGAGCACGGUCGAUCCCGUAGCUCUACCGAUGGGGCGAAUCGAAUCCUUAGCAGCACAGGUGGCAGUUUGCUUUUCGUAGCAAAUUGCUCUGCUCUGACCUCCUCUGCAUACUAGUUUUGCCGAGUGUGGAGUCUGAGAAAAGUGGCUCUUCUCCCCACGGCCUGUUGCAUCGCGGUCUUGGAGCAUGCUGUUGCUUGGCGAG